AUGGUUAAGAGUCAAGAAUCCGGCUACAAAGACACAAAGCAAAAUAUGAAUUCUCUGCACAAACUGGCAUUUCAGUAUCCCCUUUUAUUGUUCUGCUUUAUCCUGUUUCUAUCUCCUCUCUAUUUAAGUGCUGCUGCUCCACUUUCAAAACCAAGUAACACAAAUAAUGCCAUGACACUUGUUAACAAAGCUUUUUCACAGAGAACCAACAAAACAUCAUGCAUAAACUACCUCAAAAGCAAUCCAAAGAUUAUGGCAGCUGCAGCAACAUCAAAGCCCUUGGACUUUGCACUUGUGACUCUUCAGUCAGCAGUAGACCAAGCCAAAAAUACACAUGCAUACAUAUCCAAACACAGGACAGCAAAACUCAGUCCACAAACUAUUGAGGCUUAUAAUUCUUGCAAAACUUAUUGGGGUGACGCGGCUAGUGGAUUGGAAUUCAAUCUCAAGACUAUUAAAAAGGAUAAAGGGCCAAAUGAUACAUCGGAUUAUGAUCUUAAGGUGACUCUCGACCAUGGCACAAUUUGUGCAACUGCGUUAGCGGAUGCACGAAUUCAAGAUCCUGAAAUAGGAAACGGGCUUGACAAUGCGUGGCUGGCUGUAGGAGCUGUGAACACUAUUCUUGGGGGAGUAAAGCCUCCCAAAAAGCUGGACUAG